CAAUAAAUCAUUCAGAUAAAGAUAACCAUUUAUUAAUUGUCAAAAAUUGGUUUGUAAUAAUAUAUAUUUUAAAAUAUAAAAAAUGUCUAAGCUCGUUUUACUUAUACUAAUGCGCUUCUUGUUGCCUUUUACCCUUAUUUUUGUGUCGCUGGCUCGUCCUGUUUGUAUUUCAUUUGCAUAUAUGUCUAUGUUUUUCUUAUCCCCAUGGCUGCUGCAAAGUAAGAGUCGAAAGCAACGUACCUUAUUACGUGUUUACAUAAUUCUCCUAUGCUUUUUGAGUGGUACCUUUUUAUUUGGCCAUAUUAUAGUUAAUUUAACAUAUUUGUUUUUCAUUGACCUACAUUCUACUGAAGCAUUUACGUACCUUCUGCGACAAAUCGGGUUUUUAUAUUUUAAAGGCCUCAGUUUUGGACCUAUUGCAUAUUGGAUUUUUCCUGAUGCUCUAAUUCUUCUCAAUACAAUUAUUUGCUUGAUUUUUUUUAAAGUUUUCAAUAAAAAGCUUUUUGGUAAUGAAAUUCAGGAAAAUAAUUCCAGGCCCAGUACUUUGAAAUUGGCUGAGAUGAAUAGAUUGCUCAUAAUUGUUUAUAUUCAAUCAAUUUUAAAAACUUCUCCUAUUUUUUCUCUUAUUAUGCUAUAUUUAGCAGCAACCUUACGACCCUCAUUACCUGGAAGCUUGUACUUUCUUGUCUUUAUCGUAGCUGGAACUUAUUGGUCGUUGUAUCGAAAAGUGCACCGAUGGAUUUAUCAACUCUUAAUUUUUGUGGUUUUCGCGCUUUUAUUUCACAUAGUAUGUAUCUUUUCAUACCAAUUGCCGGUGUUGCAACAUAUAAUUAAAAAGAAUACAACAUGGACGCGAAUAAUGGGAAUGGAAUUAUUAUUUAGUCUCUCUGACGACAAUGAAAAUAAAAACAUUAUGAUUUUUAACCAUGAGUUGUACGUUGACUCUUAUCUGAGUCCUAUCGCACUAAUGUUUGCUUAUUUUGUAUCAACAUUAAGCCUAAUUAAUCGUUCGCAAUACGAACAUACCUUCAACACGAUUCGAAUGAAUUUAGGUCCUAAGACAAACGAAAUUUCUUCUCAUGCGUUUCAUAUGAAAAAUAAAAAUGAGAUAGUGAUGAAGGCAGAACCUUCUAUGCUUGAACAGUUUUUUUAUAUGGUUUUCGAUAUCACGUCGUUUAUAUAUAAAAAUAGCUAUAUAUUGCUAAACAUUAUAAUGAUGAUUUGGUCAAUUGUGUAUCAUAGCUGGUUAACAUUUGUAUUACUUAUAUGGGCCAAUAUCCUUUGGAUGAUUCCAAACCAGCGGCGUUCAAUGAUGCGGUCCAGUUUUUUAGUCGUUAUAUAUGCCGAAUUUUUACUUAUCACUCAAUAUAUUUAUGGGAUGAAUAUUAAUGAAGAUGAACUGCCUACAAAGGUUUCGAGUUUUACUUUUAAUCUGGAGCAAAUUGGGUUUGUUCAUCCGCAAAAUAAGGGUACUCCCCCUUGGAUCCCGUUGACAGUAAAAACUGGAUUUCUUUUAGUGUUUUGGAUAACUUCACGGCAAUAUUUUAAAGAAAAAGUUGAAGAUAGAACACAAGAUAAUUUGCUUCAUCAAAUUUUUGGACCCCAUCAUUCACGUUCUGGACAUCUAUUGUUUGAAAAAUCCCAGGCUCCACAACUUAUUAUUUAUAUAUUUAAAAGUACAUCUAAUUUCAUUACAAGGAUAUGGAUGUGGCUUUUAAUAUUCUUGAUAUUUUUAUGUGCUAUGAUUGACAAUGCUAUGACAGGAUUUAGAAUUUGCUAUAUGUCACUUUUUCUGCUUUUCUUGAUGGUUUUUCAGAUGUCCCUUCAACUUUGGAUUAAAUUUUUGUAUGGAUAUUGGAUUUUUCUUAUAUUUUACGCCAUGACGAUAUUGACAGUUAUUUAUACUUAUCAAUUUGAUAAUUUUGACAAAUACUGGUCAAUAUAUUUAAAAGUGCAAAAAAAAAUACAAACAGAUAUUGGUUUGCGGCGGUUUAAAACAAAGGAUCUGUUUUUCCAUCUUUUAAUACCCACUUUGACAGUAAUAUUUACUGUGGUCCAACUUCAUUACUUUCAUCGUCGUUUCAUGGAUUCUGUACGACGACCAAAACCCUCGGAGUUCAAAAAUCAAGAUUCACAGAUUGCUGUAGCUUUAGGAAAUGUCCCUCAACAUAGCUCGUUUGACACACAUAAGCAAUCGUGGAAAGUUUUUUUUUCUGCUGGGUAUCGAAAAAUUCGUUCAAGAGGUCGCAAAUUAUUCAGACCAGGAAAAAUAAUUGCUUGGGGAUUUUUAGAAAUGCAUAUGAUUAAAGGUGUUAUAAUGGCUUCAUUUUUCUGUGCCAUAUCGGAAGUUUGCUUUUUUAAUAUAUUUUUAAUACUGUUAUCACUUAUGAGCGUAUGUGUGAAUCGAUUUCUAAGACGGAUUGUUUUUAGAACAGUUACAUUUUGGGUUUCUGUUUUAGUAUUAAUGAAAAUGAUUUAUCAAAUCAAAUAUUUGGAUGAACGUAUAUACAACUAUAAAUGUAAAAAUAAUACCGUAAAUUUUGCGGAAUGGAUGGGCUUAAAGAAAACUAGGCAAAAUUUUGGAAUCCAUUUACGCUAUAUUUCGCCCUAUAUAGUUUAUAUGAUUGUGACAUCAUUACAUGCUGUCGUUAAAUUGAGGGACUAUUUGAUACAUUACUCAACGUAUGAAAAAAAGGAUCGAAAAGUAUUGUUUCCUUAUAUUACAAGAUUAGAUGCUGAACGUGAUUUCCCAGGCCUACUUAAAUACUUGCUUAAUUAUGGCUUUUACAAAUUUGGUCUUGAAAUAACACUAAUAGGGCUUGUCUCGACGAUCGCUCAUAGGCGCGAUCUUCUGGCUUUGACUUAUGUAAUUUGGCUCAUUUUACUAUUGUGCCUUAAUAGAGUGCAAUGCGCACGAAUAUGGGAAAUCUUUCAACUUUACUUCGUUUUAUCUAUUUUUGUGCAAUACCUUUAUCUUUUGAAUUUUCCACCUAAUCUAUGCGUUGCUUCAACAAAAGAAUUAUCAUACAUAUAUGGUAAUCAAUCUAUUUGGAUUAUGCUGAAUGAUUCUACCAAAUUUUUUUAUAAAUCAAAACUUAUGCUGGAUUUUAUAAUUCUUUUACUUAUUUCACGGCAAAGAAAAUCGUUUAAGGCGGAGACUCGUCAUAUUGGCGAUACAAAUUAUCCUGGAGGGGACAACAUCAACGUUGUAUAUAAUAUUGCAAAGCUGGGACAUGUUUAUUUUGAAAAUCCUACGCAUGAUUUUUGCUCGUAUGUUCGUAAUUAUGCUGAUAUUUUUAAAACUGCAAUAUUUUGCAGUUUUUUUUGGAUAACCCUGGGUAUUGUUUUCAUGGGGGGGGUUUGCAGCAUGGACAUUCUUUCUUUGGGCUACAUUAUAUUUGCUCUAGUUUUUUUGCUUCAAGGCUCUGAAGUCUACUUACAAAAUAUUCAUUAUAUAAUAUGUCGUUGGAAUUGUUUAAUUGCGUUUAAUAUCUUAAAUAUUAUAAUCAAGGCUGCGAUAGUUGUUUUGGAGGACUCAAUUAUAGUGAAGAAACAGCCAGUUUUGGAUGCAAUUUUCAGUAUCAUGCAUCAAGAAAAACGUGAUGUUACGCAAAUGACUGAAAACAAUGAGCUAAAAAACUGUCAUGAAUGUUAUUAUGGGCCAAACAAUAUGAUAUUUACUAAUACCCUAGUAUGGCAUGCUGUUAUAUUUUCAUUUGUUAUAUUUCAACAUAGAAUAUUUCGUUCAUACUACUUUUGUCAUGUUAUAAUGGAUACACAGGCAAACACUAUUCUGGCUUCUCGCGGUGCAGCUAUAAUUGAAAACUUACAUUAUAAGCAAAUUUAUGACCGUAGAGAAUAUGAAAAAAAUGUAUUAGAGAGCGUGAAAGCUAAAAUGGAACGAAUUCGAGCUAGCAACAAAAACAACUAUAGGCAUCACGAUCUGAGCUAUCAACCACAAUCAUCCCAAAAUGACUCCGUUCAAGUACAGUAUCACGAAGAGUCCCCGAAAAUAAGAAAGAAUAAUACCCGCUUUUUAAUAACUGUUACCGACAAAAGAUCGCAAUUUCGGAAUACAUAUUUUACUCGUUCACCUCAGCCUAAACGCAGGGACUUACGCCUUCAUCCGCAUGCUGUGCGUACUGGUGAUUAUUUUAUGUUUGAAGAGUUGGACGAUGAUGACGAUAUGGAUGUAUAUGAAGAAUAUGAUUUCCUUGAAAAAGAAGAUCUAAGAGCACGGCAGAUUCGUCUCUCACAAAGAAGUAAAGCAAUUUCAUCCCGGGAAUAUAGUAUAAGUAAAGAAUAUUUUCCUGGGGAAAACUCGGACUCCGAUAACAAAGAUUUGGAUACUCAUCCCGUUAUAAAACUUACAGCAGAACUUGUUGUCUUACUAACCUUUAGAUUAAAUCGACUAUCACGAAACUAUAGGUUUGUUCAUAAAGUUCUUUCAGCGGAAAAAAAAACAUUACAAGAAAUUAGCAUUAUGAACCGUCUCGGUUUAUCUAAUACUGCUGCAAUGUUUAAAUUUUUGAAUCAAUCCUUAAAUGAUAAAAUUAGUGCGUCGUCAAAUGACUCGAGGGCUAAUCUAAUUUCUCAAGGCGACGAUUUUACCACUCUUGACCAUAAUGAUUUUGUUCAAAUGCUUAUUGCUAUGUGGUAUGCUUUAAUCGCUAAUACUGAGACUAUAUGCUAUUUGGCAGUCUUUAUAAAUCAGGCAGCUAAUUCAUCAAUGAUUUCAUUACCGAUGCCAUUUUUAGUCCUGUGCUGGGGCGCGUUAACAUUGCCACGCCCCACCAAAACGUUUUGGGUCACCCUUAUUACUUAUACAUUAGCAAUGAUUUUUAUUAAAUCCAUGAUGCACCAAAAAAUUGUUCUUGAACGAACCCAAUCAAGAUCUAAAGCUAUAAAUUUGGAUCUUAUUAUGAAAUAUGGAAACGCAAUCUAUGAUCUGUUAUUGCUUGUCGUUCUAUUUUGGCAUAGAUACAUGCUUAAAAAGCAAGGAAUUUGGACUAUGCAACGUACCAAUUCUGAAGUCUUACUAUUAGAAAAAAAUUCAAUUUAUAUGAAACGAAGUUACAGUAAGGAAAACCCAGCGGAUAUUCUUGACAGGUUAAGGGAAGAAGCAGGAGCAGAAACAAGAAAAGAACCUGGGCCUAGUACAAUGGAAUUUAAACGUGAUAUGGAUGAUGUUCUCCGUCCGGGUAUGGAAAAUAAAUACGUAUAUCAAAAUAUUGAAUCCGAAUAUUACCGAAAGUCUAUGCAGCGAUUAGCGGUUGGGAAAGUUUCAGACCCCACAGAUAAAAAAAAUGUAAAAUUUUAUUUAUCAAAGUAAAAAGUAUCCGUCACUGGAAACUAUAAAAGCAAAUACUUCGGGUAUCCCUCAGAAAUAAAAAUAAUA